AUCGACGACCGGAAAUCCCCCAAACCCCGCAUGCGCGGCUUCCUCCACGCGGUCCCCAUCAUCGCGCGGGAACGCGGCCUCCGCGGCUUCUUCCAAGGGUUCGUGCCCACCACGGCGCGCCAGGCCGCCAACUCGGCGACGCGCUUCGGGGCCUACAACACGCUGAAGCAGCUGGCCGAGUCGUUCACGGCGCCCGGGGAGAAGCUCGGCGCCGCGGGCACGUUCGGCAUCGGCGGCCUGGCCGGCCUCAUUACCGUGUACGUCACGCAGCCGCUCGACACGAUCAAGACGCGCAUGCAGAGCAUCGAGGCGCGGUCGCAGUACGGAAACAGCUUUCGGUGCGCGGCUAUGAUCUUCCGCCAGGAGGGGAUGUUGACUUUCUGGAGCGGCGCGCUGCCGCGGCUGGCGAGGUUGGUGGUCAGCGGGGGGUUGGUGUUUACCAUGUACGAGAAGUCGAUCGAGAUGAUGGACAGAUUGGACCCGGAAGGACGAUACCUAUGA